AGCAACAAGAAAGAUGGAGUCUAGUGCAGAGGUAUUUUUAAAAAGUACAUGAAAUUAAGUGAUGCUAUUGAUACAUAUAUAUUUAUUUAAAGGAAAUACGGUAUUCUUUGAUUAUUUGAAUGACUUUAAUAUCUAACUUUGUACUUUGUUAGUGUUUUUGUACUUGUUUAAUUAUGUAGGCUUUAUAGUAAGUUAGUUGUUGUUUUUUUAAUAAUUGCCUAGGCCUAGGCCUACCUAAUAAUUAAUUAAUUAAAUUUAGGCACUUAAAUACAAAAUUUAAAAAAAUUCAAAUAUUUUUUUUAAUAGCACAGUUAGUUAGAGCUAAUUUCAAAUAAAAAAAUGAAACCAGAAUCAACUUUUUAGCUUAAGUACUUUUUGAGCUAUGAAUUUUUAAAGUGUGAGUUCGUUUGGUAUUUUUUACUAUGGACGAAACCUCCACAUCUUGUGACCUCAUUCCGCUGAUCGCGUCAUGCGCAAUGACUAUAUACUUUAUAUAAGGCAACGCAUCGCCUUUGACUUAAUUUUAAUGAUGAAAGUUGCCUUAUAUUUACCAAGGAUUUUCUCAAAGCUGACUGAUUGUAAAUGAAAAAGAAAUUGAUUAAAAUGUAGGCCAAGAUGUCUACCUAAUUAUGAGGCCGAAAACGGAACUCAAAUAUAUAUCGAAAGUACUAAUUUAAUAAUAAAUAGACACACACAUCGGAAAAUUAAAAACUCGGAUUUUUUGGCGCCGAUUGCGAAAUCCCAUACACAAAAAGUAGUAGUCUCCCUUGAUUUACCGAAGUAUCUAAUUAAAUUAAUUAUAAUUGUCUGCCUUACUUAUUAUUAUUAUUAUUGGCUGGCAAAUUUAGACACUUACUAGACUAUCUUAUUAUUAUAUUUAUAUUCUUAUAUAUAUAAGAAUGAACUAAGGCAUCCAUGUAAACCUAAAAAAACUAACCAGUUUAAAUACGUUUGGAAUUUUAAAAAGAUUCUAGAGUCUAGAGGCUAUUAGGAUUUUCUAAUAUCCAAAUUUGAAAGUGGUUGAUUUUGGGUUAGAGGUGAGGCCAGCUAUGUGUUCCAAGGUAUAUAGGUCACAGAGGUUUCCUCAGGUCCAUUUCCAUCUACAGCGCCAUCCACAAUGCCGUACUAAAAAGAUUUCGAUGUUUGUAGUAUUCACAUAAUGCAAGUUAUUAUUUUCUUAUUUUAUAAUUUGUGUUAAAUUGGGGUGGGGUUCUGGGGAGGGGAUCUCCCAUUCCCUAGUCUCUAGAAAAUAAUCCCAAAUUGCCAAAUGCAAUUUUAGCAUUAGUCUCCCUUUUUUACCGAAGUUUUAACAUACAGGUAUUUUGAUUUUGAUGCGCCUCUUCUUUUCACCGGUGUUGGGUCUUGUGGUAUCAGCAAGAAUGUGUUUCUUUUUUCCUUUCUUUUAGGUAACUUGUAAGUUGAAUUUUAACACAAAUUAAUGGAAAAUUUAAAUAUACUUCAUUUUAACCACAUCGUUUAUGACACACGUAAUGCUCAAUAAAGAUCAAGGUUUUGUUAACACACACUUCGUUCGAGUCCUACAAUUAAUAUGUCUAUUUACCCUAAGUCCAGUGUUGGGAUUCCCCAAAAUGAUGUCACUGCGCUUAGGGUGAGACAACUCUUGGCAAAACCCAUACCGUCAACCCAAAAUUUACCUUGAAAGUUAAGAUAUUCUUUUGACUAUCAAUAGUUAUCAUCUCAUUAUUAUUACUAUUAUUAAUUCAUAAUCACAUUUAUCGGGAAACUACAAACAUCUUUUUUUUUUAAUGCAUUGUUAAUAUUGUGAAAUUAAAUUUAAAUGUAUUUAUACAAUAUCAAAUUAAAAUUUUCUAUUUGGUCACUGUCAAAGAAUGAACAUUUAAAAUAAUAUUUUAAGAACUUAAUAUAAACUCGCAAAUCACAAUCUUUAAAUUUCUUUGAGUUAAUAACCACAUGUGACAAAACUGAUAUUUUUCACCCUUUUAAAAAUAGAUUUAAUAAAUAUAUUUAAAAUGUAUUGAUUUUUAAAUUGUUAUUACACCUUGCCAAAUUUUGGCUUUGUAUUUUUAACAUUUAAUAAAUUUGACUGAUUUUUUCCAUUCCAAAACUUGGUCUUAUAAAAUUCAUUAGGUAAUAAAAACUUAACAUUUAAAAAUAUUUUUAUAAGAUAAUACUGUUAAAGCCAUUAAGUGCAAUGAAAAUUUAUAGCCAAAUACCAUUCACUAAUCACUCAUCCAAAUAAGAACAAACCAAAUGAAGUUGCAAUCGGUUCAUAUUUAUAUCAAUACCUCAAAACACAAUUAUGUUACAGAUUUGAAAUUUGAUAUAGAUUUUAAUGUUAAAAUAAAUAACCAUAAUCUUUCAAUAAAUGGAGAAAAUUUUAAGCAAUGUGUGGUAAAGGAGUGCGGGGACUUUAAAAUUUUAAUAAAGUUUAAGUGCAUGCAAAAAGUGUGUAAAAGUGUAUUCUAUAAAACUGUAAGUUGUGUUUUAAUUAUUUUAAAGUGUUUUAGUUGAAGGAAGGGAGUGACUGCAGUUUGUUGACAGUUCUUGCAGUAUAUCUAGAGGGAUACAAUAAAGUUGCUACGCUCCUCAUGAAAUUAAUGUACCAUCUGAAAUUACGCGAGGAAAGGGAGUAACCAUUAAAUUUAAAUAUUAAAGUUUUGUUCCAAUUUUUGCUUCUCUUGGCAAGUAAUUGAAACAACAAAUAUUUUCCUUUCCCCUCCCCAUUUUAGUAGACCUGUUUUUGCACUUUUUUUUAAUUUUUUUUUUUUUAAAAUUUAUUUUUUUAUUUUUUUUUUUUUUUUUUAUACAUAGCAGCCAUCUUUGUUGCNGGGGAGUAGUUAAAAAAAACACAGUAAGAAUAGGGGGGGAAAGUCACACAUAUAAUUACCGAUAUCUGUUCUGUUUGGAAUAUGGUAUUGAUUUAUAUUUAAUUAGUAGUAUUUACUUAUUAAAUUUUUUCAAAGAAUAAACAAAAUAAUAUGUUUAGGAAUAUGCAGACCUAUCAUAUAAUGAUUUAACACUAGCCAAAGUUUCAAAUAUUAUCCAUCAUAUAAAGGUCUUGGAAAUUGCAUUGAUAGACAGAGGAAUCAAACGGGACAAAGAUGUGGAAGAGUUAUAUUUAUCAAACAGGUAUUCUUUUGCACAAAAAUCAAUUGUGACUAUCAUACAAUCCAUCAAAUUCUAGUAAUAACACUGCUGAUGAAAUUUAUAAAUUAACUAAGUCAUGGGCAUCCACAGAAGUUUUUGUACGGGAAAAACUGUUUUUUUUAAAUUGUUGGAACAUGGUACAAUGACUAAUCAAGAAUGCUGAAGGCAUCCAUGAAUGUAACUUGAACUAACUUACGGUUUUAUUGGAUACAGUUUAUGUUUAUUUAUUUAUUCAAGUAUAAAUAUUCAUAAACACUAUUAAAAAAAGCCUUUAGUUGGUCAGCUUACAAUUACACAGUUAAUGGAUAUCCUUCUUAAUUAGUGUGUAAAAAUAUCAUGUUUAUUGGUAUCCAUACAAUCUGAACUGGUGCAGAACUGAUGAGUAGUUAUGUACAUUUUAGAAUCUUAAAAAUGUUAGUAAUAGUAUUUUGACAAAAUGUCAGCAUAAUCCAAAGGGGAGCAUUAAUUUACUUUCCCCAUAUACCCCCCCCCCCCCGAUGCCCUUGAUCUAAACUUAGGAAGCUUAUCAAACAAUAAUAUUUAUUCUGUUACAUUGAUUUGAUGGGUUUUAUUCCCCAGUGGUAAAAAUAAUUAUACUCGAUUUAUUUUUCAGAAAUCUUGUGGAAAUAGUGAACUUAAACAGAUUCAGGAAUCUGAAAAGACUGUGGUUAAAUGGAAAUAAGGUAAUAUCUACUGUACUGCCUAAAGUUGUGAUGCCCAUUCUACACACUGAAAAUGCAUUAUUUGCUGUUUGAAUAUGUCCUAAAAGCAUUUAAAUAGCAUCUGCUUAAAUCACUACAGCAGUGAUGUGCAACUCUGUUAUAGAUUUAAUGCUUUAGAAAAAUUAUUGCUCUAUUUAUCAGGCAAUGUUAUGCCCUUGCUAUUCUAAAAGAAAUAUUUCAUUGUUUCUUCAAUUAUAAUAGUUAAUAGUACCCGGUAUGCAAUAUCUCUUUUUAUGUUCUGAAAAAAAUUUUUUUUUUUUUUUUCUAUCAGUUGGAGCGAGUAAAGUGUUUUAGCACUAACUUCCACUUGAGUGAACUUUAUCUCCAUGACAACCAGCUGAGAGACAUACAUGGGUGUUUGCGACACCUGACUUGUUUGACUGUGCUAACUUUACAGAAUAAUCAGCUCACAAAGUUGGACAAUAUUAUCGAAGAAUGUGACAGAAUGAAAUCACUUAGUGUUCUCAGUGAGCUAUCAAUUUAUUUUGACAUUCUGUAACUAUCCAUAACUUUUUAUUUUUUUUUAAUUUGGAAAAAAUCAUGCAAUAAAUACAACUUUUAUAUUUAAGAAUUACCUCUAAUAUUUCAAUUCAUAUUUUUAUUUUUCUCUCAUCAGACCUUUUCAAUAACCCUGUAGCUCAAGAGCCUGGUUAUAGACUGUUUGUAAUUCACUGCUGUCCUUCUUUAACUCUUUUGGACAGAGCAGGUUAGGCUUUGAAUAUUUUUUCAUAGUUUUUUUAAAAAUUAGGUCUAUGAGAAUAUUUUAAUUAAUGUCAAAUGGUCAUUUAAUUUUUUAAAUAUAUUUGUUAACUCUAUCAAAUAGUCUUUGUCGAAAACUUUCAGAGGUUACUAAGGCUGAACAAGUCAUGUCCUUUCAAAUCUACAAACAGUUUGAAAAUCAAGUUAAAGAUAGAAUUGCCUUUGGUAGAAAAUCAGAGGGGCCACCAUCUCUUUACUAUGGCUGGAGACCAAAACAAUCAUCUUCUUCUUUUAGGCCAGGUAUUUUUUAAAUUUAAGACUUAGCAUUUGUAAUGUGCCAUUAUAUCACCAAUUUCAGUUAACAAAAUUCAAAAAUCUUAUUUUGGUUUCAUAUACCGGUAUUUAACAAAAUAUUUAUUAAAAUUACCAUAUAUCCUUGCAUAUAGGUUGCACUUUUUACUAAAAAAUUCAUAAAAAUCAAGGGUGUGACCUAUCCGCUUGAAAUCCAUUUGCUUAUUAAGUGUGGAGAAGUCUUUUAUACCAAAGUUGGAGAAUCGUUUUCUGCCAUUUUUAGAUACUUUUUAACAUUUUUAUUAUUAUUAAAGAUCAAGUAGUUUAUGACGAUUGGUUUUCAGUUGUCAUUUUUUUUACGGAAACAUUUUUGUGAUUUUUACUGAAAUUGAAGUAUUUAGGUCCAAGUAAUUCCCUAAAAUAAAGGUACAAUCUAUUUUUUGUGGGUCAACAGCAAAUACCCACUUUGACUACCAUAAACUAAGGAUGCGACCUUUUGCUGAGUAUAUACUGUAGUUGUUUUUUCAUACAGGUACUGUAAUAUGCAUGAGAAAAUUUUCACAAUAAUUUUAAUAUAUUAUCUUUCUUUUGCUUGCUGAUUUUAGUCACAGCAGUUGUCGGUACCAACAAUCUAAGAAGCAAGUAAGAUUACUUUUUAUUUACCAAUUGUUAAUCUUUUGCACUGCCGGGUUCUGUUUAAAAGAAAGAAAAGAAAGAAAUAUUGUAAAGCCAUUAUGUGCUCUAAUGGGAGGUGUUGUGAUAGGUCAGAAAGAAAAGACUGAAAUAAGGAAAGCUUAUUCAAUAGUAAUUGUUGCAGAAAUAUUGUUUAUUUUGAAUACCUCCUCACUUUGUGCCAAAGAGUUCAUCGUUUGCCUCUGACUAAGUAAAUCGUUGUCUUUGAAAGUCUUUUCAAUUAUUUUUAAGCUUUCAUUGUCCCAGGCCUAAAGUAAUGUCUGUGUAAAAUUGAUGUUAAGUGGUUCAAAGAAUGAGAGAAGAGAAAGGCAAUGGAAUGAAAUAUGAUAAAUUGUCAGUGGCUCUAAGUGGUUAGAAAAAUAUGGGAUACAAUGAAAGGUCUUGGUGGUGAAAUAAAACUGGGCCAUAAUUGUAGAACUUUCUGAAUGGCUCAAGUUGUUAGGAGAGAACUGAAGAUUUCUUUUGAAUGGCUCAAUUGAUGUUGUCGGCUUUUAAAAAUAUAAUUGUCAUCAUUCAAGUGAAUGAGUUCCAAGUUUUACUCUAGCUCACAACUUUAAAUUUAUUUGUAAAAUUUGAUUGUGUGUCUAUGUCCAGAAGCCUACUGUAAAUAGUCAUUUUGUGUGUAUGGGACACACAGUGAUGACAGUUAUCUAAAUACUAAAUCAGCUGUCAACUCUCACUGCCACUUCCAUACGAAUGAAAGUUCAAUUGUACACACUAUUCACUUUAUUUCCAAGAAACACAAUAAAUUAUCCUUGGAACAAUAAUAAUAAUAAUAUCCACAACAUCACUGGUUAAGCAUCUCCAAAAAAUAUGUAUACAAUUUCACUUAUUAGGAAUUGAUUAACACAAAAUAUGUAUGUCCUAUUUCUUCAAUAUGUCCACUUUCAUCACCUUACUUCUAUGUCAUUAAAAUAUUCUCACCAAUCAAAUAAGUCUCUAACUUCAUGCUUUUCUCAGAUAUUCCUCCGCUCAGUCCUGUGAGAUAAUAUCAUGAGUGUCAUGGACAAAAGCAUAUGUUACAGUUACCUAAGAGUGCCGUUGUAUAAUUGUGAAUAGGUGUGUCAUAGCUUGAUUUGUUUUAAGUUUUUAUCUCUGUACAACCAAUUUUGCAUUGCUUACCAUGCGAUUAAAAUUACUUUAUCUUUUUUUUUUCUUCAUAAAGUCAAACAUCAGAGAGUCCAGAUGAUGCAGUAAAUACUCGACUUCUAAAAAAAUCUUUAACCAUAUAUAGCACCUUUGAUUGGAGCAAAGUUCCUAGGUUAGAGGAAAGAAGAAAAAUGGAGGUUCCUUUAAGGUCUGCUCAUAUUUUAACCUAUGUAUAUAGGUGAAUCUACUCUCAGCAGGACAUUGUGGACAAACUUGCCAAGAACAGACCAAAAAGUUGAAAGUGUUUGAGCAACAGAAAAAGGGAUAUUUCAUCAAUUAUUUUAUAUCAUACAGUUAAUAUAAUAAUCAUAAAUUGUAACUGAGUUGACUGUCCAUUACAUACUGUCUUGUAGUGUAAUAAUAAACUGUUGAUGUUAUUUUGGUGUAAAACCUUAUAUCCCUAAUUAGUGAAAGUGCAAAUAAUCAUUAGCUAUAUGGCUUACAACUUAUUAAAUUGCUUAAGUUAUGGUUUAUGAACUUCUUAAACACAUUAUAAUACAAUACUUAAAUCACUCUUUAAUUUAUAAGAAAGUUUUGUUAUCAUGUUAUUUUUUCCUCAUGUGCGUCGAGCUUUAUUGCUUUGGGGUAUUACUUUAUUAUUAUUACUAUAUUUACUGGAUGUACAAGUCAUCAAAUGCAACAGACUUUAUUUGAAAACAAAAAACAUCUGGUUGAAUCACACAGAAUCAGUGGAAGAAGAUGGAAAUAGACAAUGAUGACCUGUUUUGAUAAGACAUCCUUAAAUUUCAUUGAUUGAAAUAUCGAUAUUGUUAUUUUUAGGUUUUCUUCUUUUUAUUUCAAAAGUCUUACAGCUGUCCACCAAUGUCGGCUAUUUGAACGUUUAAAAAUGUAGCUGAUAGAAAGCAAAAUGUUCCGAGUUAUUUUCAUCUUUACUUCAUUAAAUAGCAAAGAAUCUGUAAGAUCACCAAAAUUGUAUUUUUAAACAUGCCACAUUCAAUAAACAAACUGCAAUAUUUAAUUAAUAAAAUUUUAUUACAUCC